GCCGCUUCUGAUUGGUUAGAGUUAGACGUGGACGGAAGCCGAAAGGAGGCACGAUGGACUGUUGAGCCGGCGUGCUUUAGCCCUGUUCUCCAUUCCGAAAGCUGCUCGCCGCCGAAUUGUAUGAGAAAGGGCUAGGGAGUGAUCGAGGCGACCACAACCCCGGCGAGAACAGGGAAAUCCAGCGCAUUUCCUCAUUAUUUUUUGCCGAUCGUCAUCGAUAUAUUAGCUAUUACGGAGACGCGGCGUUGAAGGAUUGUACAGUUGACUUACCGUAAGAUUUUCAGCCGUACAGGAUGGAAUGGCAGCCAGACGAGCAAGGACUGCAGCAGGUUCUCCAGCUUCUCAAGGACUCGCAGUCCCCCAAUACCGCCACGCAGAGAGCUGUGCAACAAAAACUGGAACAGCUAAAUCAGUAUCCUGACUUCAACAACUAUCUCAUCUUUGUCCUCACCAGGCUGAAAACUGAAGAUGAACCCACUCGCUCCCUCAGUGGCUUGAUCUUGAAGAAUAACGUGAAGGCCCACUACCAGAACUUCCCUCAAGGUGUGGCCGACUUCAUCAAGCAGGAGUGCGUGAACAACAUCGGUGAUCCCUCCCCUCUCAUCCGCGCCACAAUCGGCAUCCUGAUCACCACCAUUGCCUCCAAAGGAGAACUGCAGAUGUGGCCCGAGCUUCUCCCUCAGCUCUGUGAACUGCUCAAUUCUGAGGACUACAACACUUGUGAGGGCUCCUUUGGUGCUCUGCAGAAGAUCUGUGAGGACUCGUCUGAGCUCCUUGACAGCGAUGCCCUCAACCGCCCCCUCAACAUCAUGAUCCCCAAGUUCCUGCAGUUCUUCAAACACUGCAGCCCUAAGAUCCGAUCUCACGCCAUCGCCUGUGUGAACCAGUUCAUCAUUGGUCGAGCACAAGCCCUGAUGGACAACAUUGACACCUUCAUUGAGAGUCUGUUCGCACUGGCCGGGGAUGAGGACCCCGAGGUGAGGAAGAACGUCUGCCGCGCCUUGGUCAUGCUAUUGGAGGUCCGAAUCGACCGGCUCAUCCCCCAGAUGCACAGCAUCAUUCAGUACAUGCUACAGAGGACGCAGGACCCAGACGAGAACGUUGCCUUGGAGGCUUGCGAGUUCUGGUUAACCUUAGCAGAACAGCCCAUCUGCAAGGAGGUUCUGGCUGGACACCUGGUCCAGCUGAUUCCUAUCUUGGUAAAUGGCAUGAAGUAUUCCGAGAUCGACAUCAUCCUGCUAAAGGGCGACGUGGAAGAGGAUGAGGCAGUCCCGGACAGCGACCAGGACAUCAAGCCACGCUUCCACAAGUCGCGCACUGUCACCCUGCAGCACGAGGGAGGCGGCGGGGAGGAGGGCGAGGACAUCGAGGAAGAGGAAGACGACGACGACGACACGCUGUCCGACUGGAACCUGCGAAAGUGCUCAGCGGCUGCCCUGGACGUUCUGGCCAACGUGUUCCGCGACGACCUGCUGCCUCACCUCCUCCCCCUGCUGAAAGAGCUGCUCUUCCACCACGACUGGGUCGUCAAGGAGUCCGGCAUCCUGGUUCUGGGAGCCAUUGCAGAAGGCUGCGUGCAGGGCAUGGUGCCCUUCCUGCCCGAGCUCAUCCCACAUCUCAUCCAGUGCCUGUGUGAUAAGAAGGCCCUGGUGCGCUCCAUCGCCUGCUGGACCCUCAGCCGCUACGCCCACUGGGUGGUCAGCCAGCCGCCCGACUCCUACCUCAAGCCGCUCAUGACGGAGCUGCUCAAGAGGAUCCUGGACGGGAACAAGAGGGUGCAGGAGGCGGCCUGCAGUGCUUUUGCCACCCUGGAGGAAGAGGCCUGCAUGGAACUGGUCCCCUACCUCAGCUUCAUCCUGGACACGCUGGUCUUCGCAUUUGGGAAAUACCAGCACAAGAACCUGCUGAUCCUGUACGACGCCAUCGGCACGCUGGCCGACUCCGUGGGCCACCACCUCAACCAGCCCGAGUACAUCCAGAAGCUGAUGCCUCCCCUCAUUCAGAAGUGGAACGAACUGAAGGAUGAGGACAAAGACUUGUUCCCUCUCCUGGAGUGUCUGUCUUCAGUGGCCACGGCCCUGCAGAGCGGCUUCCUGCCUUACUGCGAACCAGUGUACCAGCGCUGUGUCACCCUGGUCCAGAAGACUCUCGCUCAGGCCAUGAUGUAUCAUCAGCACCCUGACCAGUAUGAGGCCCCUGACAAGGACUUCAUGAUCGUGGCCCUUGACCUGCUGAGCGGCCUGGCUGAGGGCCUGGGGGGGCAUGUGGAGCAGCUGGUCGCCCGUAGCAACAUUAUGACGCUGCUCUUCCAGUGUAUGCAGGACACCAUGCCGGAGGUGCGCCAGAGUUCCUUCGCCCUCCUGGGGGACCUGACCAAAGCGUGCUUCCCUCACGUCAAGCCUUGCAUCGCGGAGUUCAUGCCCAUCCUGGGCACCAACCUGAAUCCCGAGUUCAUCUCCGUGUGUAACAACGCGACCUGGGCCAUCGGGGAGAUCUCCAUGCAGAUGGGGACCAGCUCCGGGAAAGGUCAAGGAUGUCCAGGCCCUCUGAUGUCUGCAGGAGCAGAGAUGCAGCCUUACAUUGGACUUGUCCUCAGCAAUCUCGUGGAGAUCAUCAACCGGCCCAACACACCCAAGACCCUUCUGGAGAACACAGCCAUCACGAUCGGACGGCUUGGCUAUGUGUGUCCUCAGGAGGUGGCGCCCAUGUUGCAGCAGUUCAUCCGGCCUUGGUGCACGUCACUGCGGAACAUCCGCGAUAAUGAGGAGAAGGACUCUGCCUUCCGGGGAAUCUGCGUGAUGAUCGGCGUUAACCCCGGCGGAGUAGUGCAGGACUUCAUAUUCUUCUGUGACGCCGUGGCCUCCUGGGUGCAUCCAAAGGACGAUUUGAGGGAGAUGUUUUACAAGAUCCUCCACGGCUUCAAGGACCAGGUGGGCGACGAGAACUGGCAGCAGUUUUCCGAGCAGUUUCCCCCACUGCUGAAGGAGCGGCUGUCCACCUGCUAUGGCGUGUAGGCCCUCCCUCUUGGCACGGGACACCGGUGUCAGGUACAUCAAUGGCAGGGUUACUGGGAAGCUCAUCCAUCUCUAUGUAUUGCACUGCCCUGGUCGUGGGGGGAGAGGGAACUGAAUGGCCUGUCCCUCCGGACAGCCUCCGACGCCCUUUGUGUCUGCGAGGGAG